CCGUGUACAGACACUGUUCAAAAAUUGAAAACUAAACUCCUUUUUUCCCCUUUUCAAUAUCAGAGUCUGCACGCAGGCCCAGAGUAGACUCCUUGUUAUUAUAUAGCAACAGCAGCAGCAAAAAGCACGUUGGCUGCUUCUGUUCCGUGUUUUCGCCGUGCCCCCGGCCUAAGCUAGCAAAAAUGGCGGGAGGAAGAAGUAGUCCUGUUCCAGAGUUCGUGAUGUUGAAAAGUAGCCAAGAUCAGACGCAGGACGCAAAUACAGCACUCUGGGAACUGGAGAAAGGUCUGAGGUCUGGAAAGGUUGAAGAGCAGUGUGAAGCCAUUGUUAGAUUUCCAGCAUUAUUUGCUAAAUACCCUUUUCCUAUAUUGGUCAACUCUGCCUUUCUCAAAUUAGCAGAUGUGUUCAGAGGAGGGACCAAUUUCUUGAAACUCUGUGUAUUGAAAGUAAUUCAAGAAAGUGUGAAACAUCUUGACAAGAUAUUAAAUGUUGAUGAGAUUGUCCGAAGACUUUAUACAGUGAUUCAUGCAAAUGAUCCAGUUGCAAGGGCAAUUACACUCAGGGUCUUUGGGAGCAUAUCAAGUAUCAUUUCAGAUAGGAAGAACAUCCAUUACAGCAUAAGAAACUCCCUUGAUUCCCAUGAUCAAGUAGAAGUAGAAGCUGCUAUAUUUGCAACAAAGGCUUUCUGUAAGCAAUCAAGGCAGUUUGCUGAAGGGAUCUUUCAUAAAAUUGCUGAAAUGAUUGAAGGUUUAUCCACACCUAUUGAGAUGAAACUGAAGUUGAUACCAGCUUUCCAGUUUAUGAAUCGUGACCUCAAAGCGGCUGAUGAGGUGCAAGAGCUUUGUCUCUCCCUUCUUAAGGCUUAUCCAGCGACCGACUUUGUAUUGGUUACAUUACAAACACUCACACAAUUGGCCAUGACAACAUUUAUCAACAUUCCAAGUCAGGUUGACAUUCUAAUUCGUUAUGCAAAAUGUGAUCCAAGAAAUCAAGUUAAGUUCGGUGCACUUCGCAAUUUAAGAGAGCUGGCAGUGAAAGGGCCACACCUCUGGACUGAGGAACACGUUGAGGAACUGAGUAAUUUUGCAGUGGAUGCUUUGUCAGACAAAUCGAAACUGGCCGCAUUAGACGUCCUCUGCUGUUUGUCAAAGUCUGUUGGAAAAACGAAAUGCUUUAGUAAGAAAGCUAUUGAGAUACAAGAACAUUUAUCCGACUCUUUUAAUAUCGAUUGUGCGACACUGGCUGCAGCCAUCAGAACUAACAUACUUGUUUGCAAAAGCAAGGAAGGAAUCAAUUUGCCUUCAGACCAACUCACAAAACUUGAAAACGAUCUACAGCUGUUAACCGCACUUUGCUUAGCUGAAAACUCAAUGACUUCUCUCAAGCGAUGUUUACGAUCGAUCGCUUCAGUAACGAUGGUGUCAUCAAAUUUAAAAAGCAGCCUCACACUUUUUUUGAUAGAAAUGUUAUCUGGUGUCACAGGUGACUGUUUUCUUGAAAUAUGUCAUUGCUUGGUUAGAACGGGCACCUCCUCUUCAGUUGAUCUGCAAAAACACCGUGCAAAACUUUUAGAAUACAUCAGUGAAGCUGUCAAAGAAAUGAAAACAUCAAGUGAUGAUAAGAUAUUGGUUGCAUUGGUUACCCUGCUACUUCAAGCUGGGUUUGGAAGUGACAAAGCAGCUUGUGUUGCGCUACAAAAUGAUGUAAUCCUCAAGUUAAAAGAUGUCAAAGAAAGCAAUUUGUGGACCUGUUAUCGAAUUGGAAGACAAGCUGCUCGUCUGGGUUUUCCCCUUCUGGCAUCAAACAUGUUCGAUUCGCUAGUCAGUAAGUUAUCAUCAGAAAGCAACUAUAUGUGGAUGAAAGCUUUGGCUAAUAUCAUGAGAGCUGAGUACACCCUGAUGACGCCUUGCUCAACUCAAGCUAAAACACUCGAGCAACUCACUGAAGCCUAUAACCUAUAUCAAGAGGGUCUGGUUGACCUAAAGGCUAGUGUGACAGUGGACCAUGCUUUGUACUUCCAAUACAAAUUUGCCAAACUCCGAGCAGAAAUGCUUCAUGCCUACUCUCAGCUGGUCAUUUGUUGCUGCAGUUUGAGAACAUGCCCCCCUCCAGCUAUUGCAAUGGCCGCAUCUUUAGCAACAGGACAAGAGGUCCAUCAGCUUAGUAGGCUAGGCACCCAGUUUCAGUCUUGUGUGAAGUCAUUUGCCGCCAUUGCCAAUGGACUAGGAAGUUUAUAUCGUAUGUCAUUCAACGCAGACCCUUCCACAUUGGAAAUCAUACAAGCGCUACAGGAAAGUUGCCAUUUGCUUGUUUACAGCAUUGAAAUAUUGAUUCUGAAUCGAAGAGAAGGAAGCGUGUUGUCAUCCGAGCUUAGCAAUUCGCUAGUAAAAUCUCGAAGCUCCGAGAGUCAUCGGCAUAUUCAAGCCCUUACUGCGAUGAAUCAAAAUAUAAUUGAAAUAGUUGAGAGCCUUGCCACUCAAGUUAAGGAUAGUCCAGUAUGCCAUAUACAAACACAGUGUUUAUGUCAGGCAAUCGCUACUCAGAUUGAGACCCCUAUUCCGUACCCUACAUUUUUCUUCAGAAGUUUGCAGCUCACAACAAUCAAGCUUGCAGUUUCACCGUCGUCAAAGUCAGUUCAUGAUCCGGUGCUCGUUAACGUUGACACACAGCUAGCCCUGAAAGUAGAAGGCUUAAUAGAAAAUGGCAGCAAACCAGAUUUCUUCAGAAAUAUUCAUUCUGCUUGUAUAAUGGUUAAAGUAAAAGCAAUUGAUGGAUCAAAACCUAGUUCUGCUGACACCAAGCCAAAAUUGCCAACAAGCCUUGUUUUGCAAGACAUGGUUCAGCCACACAACGAAUACUUCAGUUCUCAAUUUCUACUGUCGUUUAACACAUCUGGCCAGCAUGAGCUGCUCAUUGUUGCAAGCGUCAAAGAUGAUACUGGCGCAUUAUGGGAAACCGGUCCGCAAGUUAUCACUUACGUUGACGUUAUCGAGCAUGGUGUCAUUCGACGCUCUGGAAUAAAGCCAUAGUUAUAACGACCUUUGUAUAUUGGCAAUGUAUCUGAUGUCUAGGAAGAAAGAAGGCUAUUGUGCUUUGCACAAAGUUCUUUAUGCUCUCUAACUGAACAAGAAAUGAGCAUGUCGUCGACUUACUGCUCAGUACUAGGAAAAUGAAUAAGAAAAUCUAUAUAGAAGACCCAUUUUACCUUUCAUCACGGGACAUUCAGGGAUAGUUCGGAUCACCAUUUCCAUAUGAUAACAACGACUUUUAAUUAUAAGAAUUCUCUUUAAACCCUCAAUUAUUCCAAAAUUGUGGCUCAAUAAGAAGCAGUAUUUCUAAGGAUUUCUACGUGCCAGUGAAAUCCCUCGAAGUAUAUUUUAUCAUUCACCUUAAAAGUCGAUAUAAAGAAUAAGAUCCUUCUACACGAUAUAUUUAUGUAAUGACUCUAGAAGCUAUUGACCGGAGUCAAUCAGAUAUUCUUAAGGCUUUUCUUGUUGCAUUAAUCAUUUUUAAUAGGAAAAUAUUGUUGGGAAGAUUAGGGAGCGAAAAUCUUCAAAUAAGUGAGGCAACCCACCGUCCUGGUGUCAUGGAGCAUUCAUAAUAAUGACUUCGUUUCGUGCCAAUUUUAGUAGCUUUGUGACUAACGUUAUCAAAUUGCUUAGCUAAUUUUGAAUAUCGUUAAAAAUUAUACCUUACCAUAUUCCUAUACAAGUCAAUCAAUUAUUUGGUAUUAAUUAGGAGUAAAUACGAAGUAAAUUAUCUCAAAAAUGUGACAGAAGAAAACAUUGGUAUCCACUUUAUGAUGGCUGGUUUAAGCACACACAAAAACCGAUGCCAAAAUUUAAUUGAAAAAUUAUUUUUUCUACUCCUGUCAGAUAAAUAUUUAAAGCUUUUAAGAAAAGUUUCAAAUCAUCUUUGUAAUAUAUUUGUUUCCCCAGCCAUUACUGUAUCAGUUUCAAACCAUAGUUUCAUCAGAUUUCUUGUUUUUAAAGAUAGAUUUCCAGUUUAUGAAAGAAAAUUUUCAGCAAUACAUAUCCCUGAAUGUACCUCAAGAGCUUCUUCAUUAGCGUCUAUCGACUGUAGUAGCUAUAGAAAUAGAAUAUAAAGCAAGAAAAUGAGUGACAGAUUUUUGUUUAAAAAGUAAGGCUAUAGGCUUGGAAAAA